AUUAUCGUUACCUUUGUGUUAAACUUCAGUGAACAUCAGAACACUGCACUCUUAUAUUUGAGUGCUCGCCUAUCAUUGGUUAGGGAGCUAAUUCCUAGCGGCAUCGACUUGAAUCAAGGGCAGGAAAUAGAGUCCUCUUCAUUUGAGGCGAUGGACGUGAUUGAGAUAGAGGAGACGAUCGCCGGUGUCUGGUCAUUUCACAGGGACGAGAAUCUGGAUGGAUACCUCAAAGAAUGUGGUGUAAAUUUCAUCUUACGUAAGCUUGCCCGGGCGGCCUGCCUCUGUAUUACAAUGGUGAUCUCUAUAGAGGAUGGUCAGUUACGGAUACAAAACAAAGGUCCUAAAAACACAGACCACAAGGCUCACUUGGGAACAGAGAUACACAUCACAGACUUGAAUCAUAAUCCUAUGAGGGAGGUACACACGUGGUCUAACAAUCAGCUGAUUACCAUGUCUAGACCUACAGAGGGUUCUAAAGCACUUCCUACAAAGGUCAUACGGGAACUGGUGGAUGACCAUUUAGUCAUGACCCUCUUGGUUAACGAUGUUGUCUGUAAAAUGAUUUAUAAACGGAAAUCUUAAUCACUAAUCAUAAAAGAAAAUGGAAAACUCAAAGGAGUGGACGUAAAAUCCACAGCUACUGUCCAUCUGUCAUCUGUGAUUAGUGUGUCAGGCUCAGGAAGUGUGUACAACAAAGACUUGACAGAUGACUCCUGUUUUGUUGGAUGUAACAGAACUGAAAAUUGUGAAUGUUAGUGGCGGAUCCAAGUACAUGAAACAGUGUAAAUGGAAAUGGCAACAAAUAGAAGGUGUCACG